AUGGUCCCGGAGAGGUGUUCUCUACUUCCUGUGCAUUCAGACAUACCGGGAAGGAGAUGUUUUCGAGAUGUACAUCAACUUCCACAUGUUUUUUAGGUCUAAAUUUAUAUUUUUUUGCAAUUUCUUGUUUGAAAAGUUGAAAUUGGGUAUUUUUUGAACUUGAAAAUUCAAAAUUAUUUUACAUUAAGAUAUCAUUUUAACUUUUCGUGGACUUAUUGAUGAUUACAAGAGUUAGUAUUACUACAGUAAUUGUUUCAGAUAGGGUCUUGGUCAUAUCAAUCUGAAGUGGUAAAGCUACUGGUCGAAGAACGAGAUGUCUUCUUGGGCGACUUCUACGACAGUCAGGAGUGGCUAUUGGUAAGAGGAGUUUUUUUUAUUUAAAAUACGAUCUUUUGAACAUUUUUAAAAUUUACUGUAAAGUUAACUUUAAUUUUAAAAAAUUUUGAAAAUGGUUUUAAUGUGGCGUAUUUUAACUUUUUUACAUUUUUUCUAUUACUAUCACUAUUAGAUUACUAAUUUUAUAAAACUUUUAACUUAUUUAAGCUUCAUUUAUUUAAUUUAAAGGUCGAUGCCACUUUAUCAAACGGCACGAUGCACUACCUCCACAACGAAACCUUCUCGGUUGUCACGGUGAAUCUUCUGUUACGGCGACAGUCUUUCUACUACGUCUUCAACUUGGUGUUCCCGACAACUUUAGUCAGUUUGGUGGCUGUCAUCGGGUUCCACGCUCCCAUAAAUGCUACCGGCAGAAGGGAGUCUAAGUUCAGAUUGGGAGUGAUGACAUUACUAUCGUUGUCCGUCAUGUUGUUGAUGUUGGUGGACGAAAUGAAGUUUGCAUUGGAGUCGAUUCCAGGCCAACGGGGAUCCUUCUCUGAUGUGCCGUUAAUUGGUAAGCUUGUUUGGGUUACGGUAGGGGUAUGGUAGAAAGUUUGUUUUUGAUUGAUGUUUUGUAUUACCUAAUGUUUUAGGUAUCUACUACAUGAGUCUGAUCCUAAUAAUCAGUGUAGCAACUUGCACAUCAACAAUAUUUGUCCACUUGGAAAAGUUUGCUCUUCGGAACCCAUCGUUCUCAUCAGUUCCCAUGUGGCUACGAUGGUUGACGGCGAAGCAAUUCUUCUGUUGUUAUCCACCACGAAGGCUGAGGUUGAAUAAGGGAGACCAGGUGGAUCAGAACAAGAAUAUCAGGAUGAGGUCGAAUCAUUCUAGCAUGGACAGUCAGGCCUUCAAAACACUCAUUCCUACUGAGGUAGGUAGGGUAGUAUAAUAUCACAUGGUUACUGUAAAAUGUUUGAUUUUGUAAAUUAACAGUAUCUUUAAGAAAACUUUUACCCAAACUAACGUCAACAUAUCUUUGUAGCUUAACUUCAUGGAGUACCAACAACAAACGGCACAGCAAAUCUCAACGGAUAUUGUACUAGAAUCACCGCCCGCACCUCCACCUUUAGACUCUCAGAAACUGGACCUUCUAAUAUCAUUGUUAAGAGAGCUACUAGAACAUCGACGAGAGAUGAGGAACCGGCACGAGCUGCCGGUGUAUUGGGAGAGGGUGAUCAAGAGGUUGGAGGCGGCGUCUCUCACCUUCUACUUGACCUUGAUCGCGACCAAUAUUAUCAUGCUCUUCUGGCCAGAACUCUGGUAUUAG